CGUAUAUUUUCGAAUGAUGAUGAAGUGGAUUUGGAUGAAUUUCAUGUUCUGCAGAUGCAGCCAGAGGUUGUUUGGCUUGUCUGUGGCCUAUCUUCCUCCGGCUGGAAGAAGAGCCAGGAAGGAAGAAAUUCUGUUAGUAACAGACGGUGAGGAACCAGUUUGAAUCAUCUAUCCAUAUGCAUGCACUAACUAACAAUCUGUAUAAAAAGGGCUCAGCCUCCAGAAAUAGACGACAGUGGAGCGCUAGGAUUUGUGCUGUGAGAUCUCUGUCUGUCCAAGGAAGAAAGUGACAUACCCGGAAAGAUUAGCACUUAUCAGAAAUUUUAUCACAAACUUGUACAACAACACUUUGUCGAAAAGGUGCAACAAUGGCAAAAAAUUGUGUGAAAAUUGGUUGUUUUUGGGAAAUGGUGGUUGCGUUGGUCAUUUUGGCGACGGUUCUUGGCGCAUGUGGACCUGUUAUGGGGAGGCAAAGGAGGACUGUCCUCUUUUCUGGGUGGCAACCUCAUCACUCCCCAGCCGACCACUUUUACUACCCCAGGACGGAAAAUUAUUACCACAAAAUGAAACCAGCCGUUGUCGAAAUCAUGAUGGACCCACGAGACGAAGAUGACGACUUUGGACACCGUAUCGUCGAACACUCCUCAAUCACUACGAGCAUCCAAAGCGAGGCUGAGUACAGAGCGUCAUGUGUCAAGGAGCCUGGAUGCAGAUGGGAGUGCGAACCAAGACAAGACGAGCUUCCCCCAGAUUGUGAUUGUGUCUGCUUUUACACGGACGCUAAAUGGGAUAACAUGCCAUAAUUGAGUCAUCCUCAAUCUUCUUUCAUCAAUAU